AUGGCAGCGUUGCAGAAAUUCAAGCUGUUCGCGACGCCGUGUGGAGUGGGGCAAAGCCCAACCCAAAGCCCGAGGACGAGCCCAUUGGUUCAAUUCCGGCGGCCCAAAACCACGCUGCGUAGUCUGCUUAGCCUGAACCGGUCACUUCGGCGGCAAGAAAACGUGGUGGAGAAGAAUCCCAUGCGGAGACACUCACUGAAGGCCCUCUUUGUGUCCUCGCCGCCACGAGAGGAGCGUGUGCAUGAAAAUGAAACUACUCCAAUGUUGGCUUCCGUUGCCGUUCCCCAUUCUUCUUGGAGUAAUGAACCCGGUUCAACCAACCCGCCUUGGGCCGGUUUUCGUUGCAGGUCCUUGUUGAAAAGGAAACAUUGGCGCCCUCUCCUCCUCACUAUUCCCGAAUAA